CCCACACUUAACCAAAUAUGUCCGACGUUGAAGAAAGAAAGCCUAGUGAAUUGAAAAAGGUCAGUGUAGCCGCCACUCUCGGUUUUGGUGCCGACGAUUCCGACAGUUACAGUGAUGAGGAGCUUGAAAUCCCGGCCGCCAGCGAUUCCGACAACGAAGACGUGCCGGCCCUGAAAAGGGGUCAUUUCGACGCAUUUAAUGCGGAAGAGGAUGACCUCAGCGAAAACGAAGCGCUAGAGGAUGCACCAAAGGAAGCAAAGGACAGGAAGUCGAAGAAGAUCAAAAGCUUGACCCCCGAAAAGGUGGCCAAGCUCGAGAAGAAGCUCGCCAAGACGGGCGUGGUUUACAUCUCAAAGGUGCCACCAUACAUGAAACCUUCCAAGAUGAGACAGAUCCUCGGGAGAUUUGGUGAGAUUGACCGUUUGUUCUUGAAACCAGAGAACCUGAAAUCAUACGCGCGCCGUGUAAAGUACGGGGGGAAUAAGAAAAAGUCAUUCACCGAGGGGUGGGCCGAGUUCACCAAGAAGAGACACGCCAAGUUGGCGGUCCACACAUUAAACGGAAACCCCACCGGUGAGAAAAAGGGGUCGUUUUACCACGAUGACGUGUUGAACAUAAAGUACUUGUCGGGCUUCAAAUGGGCUGACUUGACGGAGCAAAUCGCGCGUGAGAACGAAAUCAGAGACGCCAAGUUGCAGGCAGAGUUGGCCCAGCAGCAGAAGUUGAACAAGACUUUUGUGGCCAAUGUGGAAAAGUCCAAGAUGAUCGACAACAUCCAGAAGAAGAAGAAGGCUAGAGCCGAUGCAGACCCUGUCUUGAAGGGCACCGCUGGUAAUCAGGGUGUGGACACCACCAUCAGAAGAACUUUCCGUCAGAGCAAGGUUGCCAGCUCCAGAGCCGAUGCCGAGCAGAAGUUCAAGACUGAAAACAGUUCCAAGUUGAACGGGGUGAUUAACAGAUUUAUCUAGGUUGGGGAUGUGUAUAUUAAUGUAUUUUUG